CCCUAUAUUGAUUGUUAGACAGAUGAGGUAGUACAGUAGAUGACCUUUCCUAGUAUGUUUUAGCCUUUAAGGGAUUAUUCGUAAUCUUGUAGGGUGCCGUUUCUUCUCUAACAUCGUGUGUUAAUGCCACCUUCUUUGGAAAACGGAAGCUCGUUUCUAAUAUGCUAGUAGGAGAUCUCGCAGUAGAAUAACACAUUUGGUUAUAAUAUAUCAUCCAAGCGUGAAUCCAGUUCAAGUAAUUCGUGUGGUAAUAGACACUGAUAAGUGAUAACGAUGAACUUCAAGUAGCAUUCUGGUUUUCUAUUGGAAGGAAAGAUAAUGCAGCAUGAUUGAUGAUUUUUAUACCAAAGCACUCUGCUUGAAAUUCAAUGGGCUCAUAAUGAUGAAUAUGUGGCACCACUGCCGAUUCAAUGGUUUCCAGAGGCAUGAUGUACCCAAGUUAUUCCUGCAGAUAGUUUAGCUUUAUGGAUGCACAUCAUGCACUUAUUGAUAGGUUUCCAUUGUUUCUAUCUUUCUCUUUCGAAAGGCUAUGGUUUUUUACAUUAUUGACAAGUUCAAGUUGUUCAAGCGGCACCAUGUUUCUGCAUAUACUUGUUAUUUGAAUUCAGAUCACUAAAUUGCAGAUAUUUGGGUCAGCUUAUUUAGGCCCUUUAAGCCAUUAUUUCCACAUAUUGCUGGAUAAAAUUUUCAAAGGGAAGAAGGACACAAAAACUGUAGCUAAGAAGGUGCUACUGGAGCAACUUACAAUUUCACCUUGGAACAACCUGAUGUUUAUGAUUUACUAUGGCUUAGUUAUCGAGGGGAGACCGUGGAUCCAUACAAAAUCUAAAAUCAAGAAGGAAUAUCCAACUGUCAUAUAUGCAUCGUGGACAUUCCGGCCUGUGGUUGGAUGGAUAAAUCAUCAGUACGUUCCACUGCAGUUCCGUGUUAUUGUCCAAGGCAUCUUUGCUUGUUUCUGGGGAAUAUUUCUGAAUCUAAGAGCCAAGUCUCUGGGACCUGCUAAACCUUGAGAAGGAGAGGAGGAAAUGUGCCUUGUUUGGUUUUGGAAAUUGUCAGCCUGUUUUAUGUAUAUUUUCA